AUGGAUCAAGUGCCAAUAACAACGCAUCUACCACCAAUAAAACCAGAACAUGAGGUGUCACUUGACACCGGUGGAGGGGCAGCGGCUAAUAUGAGCAGCAGCACGGCCGACAAUGGCGAGUUAAGGGACGUGUUCGACAGGAUAAAAACACACUUUCCACCGGCUAAGGUAAAGAAGAUAAUGCAAUCGGACGAGGACAUAGGCAAGGUGUCACAGGCUACGCCAGUAAUAGCGGGUAGGUCACUAGAGUUUUUUAUAGCGUUGUUGGUGAAAAAAAGCGGAGAAACGGCAAGAGGACAAGGAACGAAGAGGAUAACCGCCGAAAUACUGAAGAAAACAAUAUUAAACGACGAGAAGUUCGAUUUUCUAAGGGAAGGCGUGUGCGCGGAGGAAGAUCAAGCACAGGAGGAAGAGGAGGAGGAGGAGAGUGCUUGA